AUGGCAGACAGAAGUCGAGCGUCGAUGGACUCUACGAGCUCAGAGGGAGCGGCCAGUAUCAGCAGUCGGGGGAGCCGCUCCCAUAGUCUCGCAUUCACCACGCGUAACUCCCUCGCCCCCAAAAUGUCCAUGGCCCCGAGUAAUUUCAGUAAAAGCGAGAACAAAGUCAUCAUAAACGUUGGCGGUAUCAGAUACGAAACGUUUAAAACAACUCUGAAAAACAUCCCAGAUACCAGGCUGUCAUGGCUGACUGAUUCUUCGGCCGGUAGCAAUGAUUACGAUCCGGUGUCGAAAGAAUAUUUUUUCGAUCGCCAUCCAGGUAUUUUUAAUAUGAUCAUGAACUAUUACCGUACAGGGAAGCUACACGCGCCAACUGAUGUAUGUGGCCCAUUGUUUGAAGAGGAAUUGUCAUUCUGGGGAAUUGACGAGAAGCAAAUCGAACCAUGUUGUUGGAUGACUUACAGAACCCAUAGAGACGCCGAAGAGACGCUGGCGGAGUUUGAACAGGAUAUGGAAGAAGAGGACGACGACGAAGACGAAGACAUUGCGGCGAGAUUUGGAAUCGAGGAAGUGAUAGAAGAGGACCUGACAUGGUGGCAGCGGAACAAAUCUAAACUUUGGAACCUCCUAGAUGACCCAGGGUAUUCCAAAGCCGCGCAGGUCAUCGCCUUUAUCUCCAUGUUCUCUGUCAUCUUUUCCAUCAUUUUGUUCGUUUGCGAGACGCAUUUAUUGUUCCGGGUCCCCAGUAAUGAGACGUUCCAUGCGGAAAACAAUAUAACAUGGGACAGAAACUGGAAUAACACAGAGAAACGGUUGUAUACGAAAGCCCACCCUGUACUGGACUAUCUAGAUUACUAUGUCUGUACAGUUUACUUCACACUUGAGUUGAUCAUAAGAAUAAUAAGCUGUCCCGACAAAAAGGUAUUCUUCAAGAGCGUCACAACGUGGGUGGAUAUCAUUUCCAUUGUCCCCGUCUAUAUAAACCUCAUCAUAGUGACUGUAGAUUCCACUCUAACCGAGACGCAUCCUGCAGUGAUUGCCUUAAAGGUAUUAAGAAUCGUUCGUAUUCUACGGAUAAUGAAACUGACAAAGCAUAUAAGCGGAUUGGUGAUUCUGGUACACACAAUCAGGGCCAGUUUACAAGAACUGCUUCUUCUCAUAUUGUUCAUCUGCUUUGGAAUGUUAACAUUCGCCUGCUUGAUUUAUUAUCUCGAGCAGAUCGACGAAGAUCCUCAAAACUCGUUCACGAGUAUUCCUAUAGGUUUCUGGUGGGCAAUCGUUACCAUGACAACCCUAGGUUACGGCGACAAGUACCCGCGCUCCGUCUAUGGCUACAUGUUGGGAAGUAUCUGUUCCAUCUGUGGUGUGCUCGUCAUCGCGCUACCCGUUCCCGUCAUUGUCAAUAACUUUGCGUUGUACUACUCCCACGCCCAAGCAAGGCUUAAACUGCCCAAAAAGCGGAAGAAAUAUUUAGUGGGCAACGAUCUAAAGAUGGAGGUGGCACCAGUUGAUGAUGACAUGGACUUAGAUAAAACCGAUAAGGACGACGAUUCAGUGCUGUCUAUUGAGCCGCCCAAGAAAAUGUCAGACCUACUACGGAAGAACAGCAAUGGCAGUCAAAACAGUGCAGAUAGUGGUAUAGCAAAAUCAGUGACAUCUAUGCCCAACCAGGCAAACAAUUCUAAAGAGAAAAAUGUCAUCAAUGAUCCAAAAGGAAUAAGUGUUGUGUUUACGGAUGAGCAAACAAAGGAGCCUGUUAGCUUCCGGAACAAACCCAGAAUUCCCCCAAAGAUAGCACCCAUGAUGAUCCAGCUAGGGGGGUCAAGAUCCAAUAAACCAGGUGGAAAAUCAGACAAAUCUGGGGGUAAAUCGGACAAAUCUGGGGGUAAAACCGAAAAACCUGGGAAAGCAAAAGGUGCCAGUGAUGACGGUGGAAUGACAGUCAGUUUUGGUGGAGGCGGAUCAUCAAGUAAAUUCAAGAAAUCCUGAUACUAAGACUGCUUAAAAUAAAGUGACAAUUUAACAGUUGUCAGUGUGAACUGAUUGUAUCAUAAAGAAUAUUGAAAAUUCUGAUUCAAUAGGCCUACUGCUAAUGUUAUGUGAAAGUACUAGUAUAGUUCUUCACUGGAGUAAAAUCCAGGGCCUCACUGAUCUGAAGAUUUAUUCUAGGGUUAACCCAAGAAUCAAGUCUUCAUGAACCCAAAUGAAUGAAUCUCAGUUUCGUUUAGACCAAGCAGAAUGAAUUUUCAUACACUCUAGAAGUAUACUGA